GCAGUGAUAAUUGUUUUGGAUUCUUGACUCACAUGCGUAAAGUUCAAGUGAUUGCGUAUGAAAAUUAAGAAUAAACUUCGAAAUUAAAUUUUAAAAUGACCGAUUUAACCAGGUAUAAUUAUCAUAUGAUUAUGGAAGGUGAUCAACCACAUUGGUACAAUAUUGAUCAAUCAAGGAUGACGCCAGAUCAACGUGAACGAUUCAAACGUUUGGAACGUGAACGACGUGCUCGUGAAUUCAUGCAAUAUUAUCGUCAAACAAUCAUAUCGAAUUUGAAACCAUUAGCUCAAACUUUUUAUGAAUCUCAGUACUAUCCAAAAAAACGUCGUACAUUCGAGCUUGCCGGUGUGAACACUUAUCUUCGCUCUAGGUUUUGUUCUGUUGUCUCUAAUCGAUCAUUGGAUAAUGCAUUUGACAAUUGUAGACAUCGAAGAUUUUUUCAUUUCAAUCCUAAAUCAACCGAUUCUGGACCGAAAAAUUCUCAACUAGUGGCCGUCUAUAAUAAUCAAAAUUUAAUUCAUAUAAAACCUCAAAUGAACAUUACUAUUCCUUAUGAUGAUGAUGAUGAAUAUUUUUCAUAUCUGUUGAAACCUUAUUAUGAUCCUAUCACACAAUUCAAUACGAUCAACUUAAUUGAAACAUAUAAAGACGUAUCCAGUUUAUCUAGGCAUGAUCUAUACGAAAUUAUUGAUGAUAGAUUAGUUUCAAAGUCGUCAAAUCGUAUUAGAUUGGGCACAAAUCCUUACACAUGUUGUCAUUGCACGAUUGGACAUCUGGUUCUGCAGGCAGCACAUCCUAAAAAUGCUUGUUGUAUAGAUUUUGAAAGCGAUCCAAAUUCCAACGAUGAUUGUGCUGUCAUAGGUUAUCCUGGUGGAAUAAUCGAAUUUGUCAGUCUUAAUUGGGCACGCAAUGGUCGUCCAAAAUGGAGAAAUUCACAUCAACCUCGAAAAAAUUCAAGAAUACUCGACAUAUGUAAACUAGACGAGAAUCGAAUGAUUAUAUCCGCUACCAAUCAUUAUCUAGCACAAUAUGACAAACGAAUGUUUGGUCGCAAGGCUAAACCUGUCGUCGAAUAUGGAAAACAUUACAACACUAGUCAUUUUCAUCAAAUCAAUAUUGAUCGAAAAAGAAAUUUAAUCAUAAGCUCAGGUUCGGAUGAUAUUGUCCGAUUUUGGAACAUUGAUAAUGGCCAAUUAUGUUAUUGUUUAAAUCUGAAUGAAGUCGACUAUUUUGGUACGAAUAAUGAUUAUCGUCUUCGACAAGCUUAUUUUGCUAAAGAUUUUUCUUUGUAUGAUGCAAGUAUUCCUGAUCGACAAUCGCAACCAAAAAUCAAAGGUGAUACAUUAAUCAUAGCCGAUGGUGAUCAAAUAAAAUUUCUGGCCAAUGAUAUGCUGGAAUUUUGAGUUAUUAAAUUUAAAUUUUGAUUUUUUUUAUUUUGUUAUAUUAAAUGUUAAAUAAUAACACUUGAUAAAAUUUGAUUUAAUUGAAAAUAAC